CUCUGGGAUUUGAGGAGGAAGAGGCCCACAUUGCGGCACCCACUUCCUCCUGGAGGGGUUGACUUCCUCUCACCUCGAAUUAUUCUGUUUUGGAGGGCGAGGUCCCAAAGCUAUUCCUAAAAUAUACACACUAGGGCGCUAGAGAGAUGGCGCAGAAGUUAACAGCACCUCCUGCUCUUGAGGAGGACCCAACUCCCAUAUCAGGUGGCUUAGGGCCACCUGUAACUCCAGCUCCAGGGAGAUCUGUCACCUCCAGCCACUUGGGGCGCCUACACUCGCUUGCACCCACUCCACACACACAUAAUUUCAAAUAAUUUGAAAGUGAAAAGAGACACAUGGUUCUGUCCAGUAAUACUUAAAGUCCUCACAAACCUAAGUAGUCUUGUUUGUUUGUUUGGUUUGGUUUGUUUUUUCAAUACAGGGUUUCUCUGAAUAACCCUGGCUGUCCUGGAACUCUGUAGAUCAGGCUGGCCUUCAACUUAGAGAUCCACUUGCCUCUCCCUCCCAAAUAUUGGGAUUAAAGGGGUGUGCUACCGCUGCCUGGCAUAAAUAGUCCAUUCUUAAAAGCAUUGCCCCCAGGAGACUGCCCACCUUGAGAAGCUAAAUGUUGUCCUCCUGCAUUUCAUAGUGUGCCCAGCACAUUCAUACACAUACACUGUGUCAUAGGGGCCUCCAAAGUUCUGUUGGUUAGAUUACUUGAGUCCAUGUUAGUCGAUCACACACCUAAGUGCUGAAGUAACUUACUCCAGUUUAUUUUUCCUUAGUAUUUUUUUUAUUAUGGCCUUCUUACUCCACACCCAGUGAUGAAGCAGCAGCGGUUCCCACCUUCACUUUGCCAGGACAAGGGGACAGGACAGGGAAGCAUCAUCAAUCCUCUGACCAUCAGAGAUCGGGUCACAAACAUGCCUUGCCUGUGUUUAGAGAAAGACCCUGUAUUCUAAGGAGGGCUGUGGGCUUCUGUGAGGAAAGAGCGAGGCUAAAGGCCCGCGGAGAGCGGCGGUCCUGUUAGCAGAAGGGCCCUACGUGAGCAUUAGAAACUACGCUCACUACGUGACUGGCCGGGAGGUGGACCCCUGUGCUCCUCCCUAGCCCCUCGAUAGCAUCCUGUGCCCAUCCACCUCUUGUCCUCAGAGUGUCCGGCCCGCAUGACUCACCUGGAUGAGUGUGUGGUGACUCAUACUGGACCGUGUGGCUGUGAUGGGAACUGACACGCUGGGCCCUUUGCCCAGCCUCAGAUUCCCUCGGGGCCCCUGGCUGCCAGAUAGAAAGGUCCCCCCUUUCGGCCAUCAAGAGCGGAGAGGGCAGGACAGUCAUAUUUCCCUACCUAGGUGAUCUGUAGCCGACAAAGGCAGGAACUAAAGCUUCAGGGGUGCAGGUGCAGAACUGGGGUUAACUGGGCUGCCUGGUGUGUCUGUGGCAUGCUCUUUACAUGGUCUCAUAUGUCUGUUUCUCCUGACACCGCUGCAUCCUUGUUUGGUCCUGAAGCAACCUGUAGCCUCCUAACAUUUCUCUCAGACUUCCUUCCUUGCUGCUCAGGCUCUUUGGACAGACCUACAGAUAAAGGGUGGGGUGGGCUUAGCUCGCCUUACCAUUUUGGACUGUUUUCUGAGUACAGUGGCUCCAGAGGUCCCGUGGGAUAGCUCACACCGGGAAACACAACAGAGAUUUCAGACUUGGAACUGGAAGGCCAAGAUCUGAAUCUCAGAGCAUAGCACUUAGUAGCUGCCUAAUUAGUCCACAUCAAUAAACCUCUGGGCCUCAGUUUCCUCAAUUAGAACUUGAAAGGUCAGUUAGGGGAAUUAUCUCCGAGAAGCAGCUAAGAAAGUGUCAUUUAUUUAUUUACUCACAGUACUAAAGAUGGAAGCUACAGCCUCACACAUGCUAGCAAGGACGCUCUCUCUGGACGACAUGCCUAUCCUCUUGUGCCUUUUAUUGUUUUUUUAUAUUAUUUAUAGUAUGUGUGUUAGAGCACAUGGGUUACGUGCAUGAAAUCAGUUCUCUCCUGGAACUGACUGGAACUUUGUUGGUUUGUUGGUUUUGAGACAGGGUUUCUCUGUGUAGUUUUGGUGCCUGUCCUGGAACUCACUCUGUAGACCAGGCUGGCCUCGAACUCACAGAGAUCCUCCUGCCUCUGCCUCCCGAGUGCUGGGAUUAAAGGUGUGUGCCACUGCUGCCCGGCUUGUAACUUUUUUAAUGUACAAUAAACUUGAAGGUUCAAGGACUUGGCCCUUCCUAUGAUUAUUGACAAUUCGUGUAUAGCAGACUCCUCUUUUUAUAGAAUGGGUUUGUUCCAUUUUCCCCAAAUCUAAACAUGGAAAAGUAUCUUUUAAUUAUUUCCCAUUUAUUUACUUGUUUGUUUGUUUGUUUAUUUUGACGCAGGGUCUCACUGUGUAGCCCUGGUUGUCCUGGAACUCACUGUGUAGACCAGACUGCCUCCCAAGUAUUGGGGUUAAAGGCGUAUGCCACUAUGCCAGGGCUGAUUAUUUAUUUAUUCAUUCAUUCAUUAUACAUACAUGUAUGCCUGCAUGUCAGAAGAGGGCACCAGAUCUCAUUAUAGAUGGUUGUGAGCCACCAUGUGGUUGCUGGGAAUUGAACUUAUGAUCUCUGGAAGAGCAGCCAGUGCUCUUAACCUCUGGGCCAUCUCUCCAACCCAAGGCUGGUUAUUUUCAAUCAGAAUCUCACUGCGCAGCUCAGUCUUGCUUUAGACUUCCUGUGUUGCUAAGGCUAGCCUUGAACUCAUCAGUCCUCCUACUUCAGCCUUUCAAGUGCCUAGAUCAUAGACGUGCACCAUGCCCAGCUUAUGGAUGAUUAUCUUGGCCUUGCUCUUCCGAGCAGCAGAGCCUGAAGCUUAUGUGCAGGUUAGAAGGUAAUCCCUCCCGAGGGCAAGAGGUAGAGCGGUAUGAAGGGUGCGUUAUUAAAUCAGCCGCCCUUCAGGGCUUCUUGGGCUCCAUACCUUGGAACCGACUAAAAAGCAAAUUGAAAUGCCUUAUCGGAUGAAUAGUUAUUUCUGGAGAAGAGGCCUUAAUCCACUGGCUUCCUUCUCACACUGGCCAGCAUUUUACCCCAGGGAACACUCAACUCCUCUACUACCUUUUCGCACAUGUGUGGUCCCCAAAGGCAUUAAUGGUGAGACCCUGGGUAUGACGGGCCUGAAGGAAGCCAUCUGGUUCAACUGCAGUCAUGGCUAGAGCAGGAGGCAGGGGAAUCAAGAUCUGCAGUGGUUCAGCGGAAGUGGCCAAUACACCACUUUUGGGCCAAGCCAGAGUCACGACCAGGGCAGCCUGGGGGAAAGGUUGACUGUGUGUUCUGCAGAGUCUGAGUCAGCUUAUCCCUUCCUUUCUGGAGGGCUCUUCCAGUCUCCAGUGGGCCCAGAGCCCAGGGCCCAGUUCCAUCCAUUGCAGGCCACCCGAGCCGCUAGACUGUAGGCAGAUUUCCUUGGGACCUGAAUUAAGCCAGAAUGUGAGUCUCAGGGACCUUGGUGCUGCAGAAAGGGAAACGGAGGCAUAAGCAGGGUAUGACGUGUGCUUAGGUGUCACACGCACAGUUCUAGACCUGGCAUUAGAAUCUGGGCACCGCUACCUGUCCUUGAGUCACUGGGGCCUCGGGACACUGAGUGUCCACCCAGCUGAGUUUAACCAUGAGAAGCCGCAGGACUGGGCAUUUUGUCUCAUUUUCUUCAACAGGAUGCUUGUGGACAGGAGUGAGCUGAGCACUUAGACCCGUACCAGGGAAUAUGUUUCCCUUCUCAAUGGAGCUUCAGCUGCCCCAGGCUCUGGCUCAGGUCAAGCUCCUGCAGCAGCUAGGAGGCCCCUUAGUCAGCAGCACUUCUGGCUCAGUGCCAGGAAUAGCUUUCCCCGCAGACCCCACCUCCUAUAUUUAAAGGGAUGCUUCCUCUCAUUUCAGGAAGCCACUUCCUGCCCAUCUGCAUCUCAUCUUCCAUCAACACUUUUAUUUUCUUGCACAUAAGACUUUCCAAAAGCAAGUGUAGGAAUAAAGGGGAAAGCAGGAGAUUUGACUCUACUCACGCCUUGGAAGGGGGUGGGCAGGUUGGGGCUUUUCCAUUGAUGGGCAGGGAUGGUCUCAAGUAGAUCAAUGUCCAGAGCCAAACAUCCCCCGGCCCCUCCCUCCCCCAGUGGGGAGUGACGAAUGAGAACUGGCAUCUGCCCAGAGGCAUGAUGUCAUACUCAGAACCAGUAUCUACUCACUAGGCUCUGUGCCCAGCUUGGCUUUGGGGCACUACUGCCCAGCAACCUCUCACCCUGGCCCACCAGGGCUCUGGACAUGAUGUGUUUUGAGACUUCCCACUCCCGACUCUCAAGUCCAAGGAGAGAGGAACCAGAUCACUACGCCAUCCUGGUUAACCAGAUAUCGGAGUGGUUUGGGUGUUUGGGUGUUGGGCUGGAGACAACAGGAAAGGGUUUGGAUGUUUGAGUCCUUCCUGAGGAAGGCUCACUUGGGCCAGGAAUGCAGGUCUUGCUCUUGGUGUGGGCCAAAGUCUUCGGCCAUCCUGGAGUUGUUGCAGGUCCAGUGGCCAUAAUCUCCUAUGAACAGAAGACAAGCUUCAGGAUACUGUUAUGUCAGAAAUGAACAGACCUGGGUGGGCCUACAGAGUCCCUCCUCAGGUCAUUGCUCUGAAGAUGGCAUGUCACCUGGUUCUGCCUCAGACUUGAUGGGUGCAGUCUGGGACCCAGACUCAAAGGUUCGGGUUAGGGGAUACUCAAACAGUGCUCACACACGCCAGCUUUGCUCCCUACUCUUACUGUGGAAGAAAAAACAGGCACCAUACUACGACUGUCUGAGAGUCUGUACAGGUCACUUUCACCUCCCCAAAGGAAGUUUAUCCAAGUUCCCUAAGCAAUCAGGAGCUGCAGCCCGCAUGCAUCAUAUAAUGGACACACUUUAACUAAAGGGGGAGUCCUUCCCCAUUCCCCUGCCACCCAGGAAUCAGAUGGUCUAAGUACAAACACAUAUGGGCUACUCAUCAUCAAUAUGCCAGGGACUCACCCCUCCAAACAAACAACCUAUGAGAGGGGACUUCCACUUACUCUUGUGGACACCAGGACACCACAGGUAGUCCUUUUUCAAUGGCUGAAGGCUUCCAGGCCCAUGGCAUCGGUAAAUUGGUUUUCAUUACAGUUCUGCCUUUAGUUUGUAUAACUAUUGAUAAAUCAUGAAGAGAGGAAAUACGCACAUAUCAAUUUUCUGAGAAUAUUGCUGCCUGCCUUCCCUAUGGAUAAUAAGGAACAGAGGGGAUAGUCUGGGGGUAAUACAGCAGUGCAUGAGUACGUAGUAAGCUUUUUAGUGUUCUUAAGUGUGUAUGCACCUACAUGUAUGUGUGUGCAUCACAACUGUGCCUAAUGUCCCUAGAGACCAGAAGAGGCCAAUAGAUCACCUGAAACUGGACUUAGAAAUGGUCGUGAGCUGCCACGUGGGUGCUGGGAACCAAACCCAGGUCCUCUACAAGAGCAACAAAUGCUAAUAACUAACUACUGUGCCGUCUCUCCAGCCCCUGAUCUUUUUUUUUUUUUUUUUUUUCCCUAUUUUUUAUUUGGUUUUGCUUUAGACAAGGUCUCAACACAUAGCCCUGUCGGGCCUAGAACUCACCAUGUAGACCAUGCUCUCUUUGAGCUUGAAACAAUCCUUGUGCCUCUGCCUCCCAAGAGCUGAGAUUACAAGCAUGUGCCACUGUGCCUGCUCAGGACACUUCUUCCCUAUGUGGAUCUUUUAGACAUUACUUGGAUAGGGUAGCCUGUGGCCUCUGAGCCUGCUUCUGCCUAUGCUCUGGCCUUGUGCCCCUGGCCUGAGUUGAUCCAAACUCUACUCCUUACUAGGUCACUCCAUCUUUCAAAGACUCCUUAGUUAGAUGGACCUGUGGCUGCCUACUUCCCAGACCUUUUGUGAGGACUAAUUGAGUCCUUUGUGAACUGUCACUAUCUUAUCAAAGUGGACUGUUGUCCCUUCAUUUCCCAAGUGCCUUCAGCCUUCAUAGGGUCAUUUUUUCCCCUUUAUGCAUAGUCCAGGAGAGAGUCCUGAAGAGAGCCCCGAGCACACAGCUGAUGGCCACACACUGGGAGGCAGUGGGGCUGAGGGAAGUGUAACUGACGGGGAGCACACUCUGGGUUCCCUGACACCCUAACACUCGGUGCCUGACACAAUUCUUCAGGUUGAGCUUAGAGUUCUUUGUGCCUUUCCCCCAAGCAAUCUGGUUGUUUGGGGCUGUGGGUUUUUGUUUGACUGUUUUCUGAGCACCUAUCAGGGGCUUGGUUAUGUGUGAGGACGACAACAAACAUGUCUAGGAGUCUACUCUGGCCACCCACUCCCAACCUCCAGGAAUUCUGACCUUGCCCUUGGGGAGACCAGGCCUGACUGUUUGGGGGAGUUUGGUGGGGGCGGGAAAGGCAGCACGGACUUGAUGGGAUGCUAAAAUGAAGAACUGCCUGAUGGCCAGCUGCCCGGGUCACCUAGGGUUGCCUAUCACUGGCUCUAGCUCCUAGCUUUCCCCAGCUGACUCUGACUAGGUUGGUCUGAGGAAGUGCUGUAGGAGAGGCUGUGUGUGUGUGUGGGGGGGAACAGAGCUGUAUGUGCAGUCAGCAUGGACGUCAGAGCCAGCUCCAGACCAAGGAAUGGGGUUGAAGGAUGUGUUUGCCCAGUGCUAAUUGAGGUCAUGGGGACAGUGGUGGCUCCGGGGCUAGAGGGGACUCUCAUUACUCAGUGAGAUGGAUGGGAGAGCUGGAGAUCAUCCGGUCACUCCCAAGCGGCCCUGUGACUGUUUGUUAGAAACCAUCACGCCAUCAUGACAAGCUGGAAGCUUUAAAUAGUGAUGAUUCCAAUUCUGUCUUGGCUUCUAGGAGUGGGUGUCUAUGCAGUUAGGGGAGGGGAAACAGGGGCAGAGGUCUGAGGGGAAAUGGCUCUAAGUCCAAUAGCCAACUCAAGGGUGUGAAAGGAGAGUCUGGGCUUGUCUUCCUGUGUGUAUAAUCGGUGGCCAGGACUCUUCCUUGGGAAGGAGGCUCUUAUUAUCAAAACAAGUCAACAUCUUCCCUGGCACUGUUUGAGCACAUUUUAGAAAGAGUUAUCCAUACUGUUAUCUAUCAAUAAAGACCCCUAAGACCAAAGCAAAAGACAUUGGCCAGGUCUAGCUUUGAGCUUGCAGGAAGUAGAGACUAUUUUUUUAUUCUCCUGCACAGAGUCUGUUAGUCUUUGGGGGUCCUCAAAAGAAUAGUGUCUAGGAGUCAAGCUACCUGGUUCUCUAUUACCAGCUCUAUGAAGUCAUGGACCUUCAUUCCCACACCUCUAGAAUAAGAUAUCUAUAUCUAUAGAUAGAUAGAUAGAUAGAUAGAUAGAUAGAUAGAUAGAUAGAUAGAUAGAUAGAUAGAUAGAUAGAAUAGAAUAGAUGGAAUGCUCUGGGAGGCCCUUUCAAUCCUGGUCUCUGCAGUUCUUAGCCAUAGACUUUAGAUUUCCUUUCUUCUAUCUGGGUUUCAGCCCUGGUUCCCUUACAACUUACUGUAUGUUCACAGAUCCUGGCCUGCUCACCUCCUGUGUUUUUCUGCCUCCUCUUCCUUCAUGGUUUGUUUUAAGAUGUGGUCUCACUGUGUACCCCUGACUGGACUGGGACUCCCUGUGUAGCCCAGGCUGGCCUCAAACUCAUAACAAUCCUACCUCCGCCUCCCAAGUGCUGGGAUGCCAGACAUGCCCUGCCAGUUUUUGAAAGGGCACUUGAGAGAUGUCACCCUAUCCUUAAGCAGAGGGCUUCAAGGCAGCAAGAAAGGCUUGGUCAUUUGCCAGAACAAAGUCCCAGGUCUCAGAGUGCCGAGCCUCAUUUGGUCAACAGACUUACCUUUUGGGAGAUGUCCUGAUAACACCUGUGUACCCUGCACAGGGUCACUGAUGGGCCUAGGUGACAUUAUCUCACAGCAACUGGUGGAGAGGCGGGGUCUCCAGGAACACCAGACAGGCCGGACCCUGACCAUGGUGUCCAUGGGCUGUGGCUUUGUGGGCCCUGUAGUCGGAGGCUGGUAUAGGGUUUUGGACCGCCUUAUCCCCGGCACCACCAAGGUGGACGCACUGAAGAAGAUGUUGUUAGAUCAGGGGGCCUUUGCCCCGUGUUUUCUAGGCUGUUUCCUCCCCCUGGUAGGGGUACUCAACGGAAUGUCAGCCCAGGACAAUUGGGCCAAACUAAAGCGGGACUAUCCUGAUGCUCUCAUCACCAAUUACUACCUCUGGCCUGCUGUGCAGUUAGCCAACUUCUACCUGGUCCCCCUGCAUUACAGGUUGGCUGUUGUCCAGUGUGUUGCUAUUGUCUGGAACUCCUACCUAUCCUGGAAGGCACAUCAGCUCUAAGCCUGCCUGGUUUCAUGGCUUGCAUCUUGCACUGAUGCACCUUCACCCUGGAAUGCUUGGACAGUAUCCUCAAAGAGAGUACAUCAGGACUGGAGAGGUGGCUCACCUGUUCAGACGCACGGACUGCUCUACAGAGGAGCCAAGUUUGGUUCCCAGCAGCCACAUUAGGUGGCUCACAACCACCUGUGACCCAAGCCCCAGGAGAUCUGAUGUCUUCUUCUGGCCGCUGAAGCAUCUGCACUCACACGCACAUACACACCAAUUACUUACUCACAAUUAAGCAUAAAAUAAAGUCUUUCUUACAAAAAAAAAAAGUCUAUCUGUUUCCAUGGUAUGGAGUUGCUGAUCAGGAUAGAAUCACCACUCUGAAAUGGCACAUUUCACUCUAAAAAUGUAACUGCUUUUGAAAUCACUAAGACCUUUAAAACAUUGUCUCUCUCACCAUGCAGAGGGCCUAGUCCAGUCCCACGUAGGCUCCACAGCCAUUGAUCCAACUUUCAUGAGUUCCCUCUAGAUUGGUUUGGUCAUCCCUGCGUGUUUCCCCAUCAUGAUCCCGAUGCACUCGCUCAUAGACUCCCUCUUCUCUGUCUUUGAGGGAGGCCCCCUGGUGGUAGGAUCAGAAUCCAUCCCUGGUGUGUGAGCGGGCUUUGUGGGCUAUGAUGGGACACCUCUUGCGGCCUCGAGGCAAGGGGAAGGGCUUGGACUUGCCUCUACUGAAUGUGCCUCCACAUGGGAGGC